GCAAGGUGUGACGGGAAGGAUCCUUCUAGAUUGCGCACUUUUCGUUUCUGCCAUGUCGAGACGGGCAGUGAUUCGUGGCCCGCUGGGGAAUGAUUGUCGCAUCUAUGUGGGCAACUUACCUCCAGACAUUGGAACGAGGGAAGUGAAGGACAUGUUUUACAAAUACGGAACCGUCCGAGAUGUCGACCUUAAAAAUCGUCGCUGGGGACGGCCCUUCGCCUUCGUUGAGUUCAACAGCCCACGAGACGCGCACAACGCGGUGCACGGUCGCGACGGCUAUGAUUACGAAGGGUACCGCCUGCGCGUGGAGUUUCCUCGAAACUACCGUGCUAUAUAUGGAGGUGGCAGAGGCCUCCUAGAAACCCGUGGCACGUCAUCCCGGCGGUCUGACAACAGAGUGCUUGUCUCCGGACUCCCGCCAAGUGGAAGCUGGCAGGAUUUAAAGGAUCAUAUGCGGGAGGCAGGCUAUGUUUGUUAUGCCGCGGUUCGCCGAGAUGGGUCAGGUGUCGUGGAGUUUGUAUGGAAAGAAGAUAUGAGCUAUGCGGUGCGCAAGCUAAAUAACACUAAAUUUAGAUCUCACAAGGGAGAAACGGCCUACAUCCGGGUUAGAAUUGAUGAGGCCAGAAGCCCGAAUUGUGGAAGAUACUCCCCUCGUAGCCAUAGUCGCAGCCGAAGUCGCAGACGUAGCAGAAGCCGCAGAGGCCGCAGUCCCAGCAGAAACGGCCGACAUAGCAGAAGCCUCAGAAGCCAUAGUUAUAGCCGAAGCCCCAGAAGGCGCAGUUGGAGCAGAAGCCGCCGUGGUAGCAGGGGCCACAGCCGCAGCAGAGGCCGCAGUCCCAGCAGAAGCCGCGAUGGUGGCAGAGGCCGUGGCCGCAGCCGCAGUCGCAGUCACAGUCGCAGCGGCAGUGGCAGCCGAAGCCGCAGCCGCAGCCGCAGCGGCAGCCUCGAUGGUAGCAGAGGCCGCAGCCGCAGCCGCAGUUGCAGCCGCAGCGGCAGCCUCGAUGGUAGCAGAGGCCGCAGCCCCAGCAGAAGCCGCGAUGGCAGCAGAGGCCGCAGCCCCAGUAGAAGCCGCCGGGGUAGCAGAGGCCGCAGCCCCAGCAGAGGCCGCAGCCCCAACAGAAGCCGCGAUGGCAGCAGGGGCCGCAGCCGCCGCCGCAGCCACCGCCGCCAUGGUAUCAGAGGCCGCAGCCUCAGCAGAAGCCGCAGUCAUAGCAGAAGCCUUAACCCUAGUAAAAGCCGUAGUCGUAGUAGAAGCUUCAACAGAAGCAAUGGCAGGAGUCGCAGCUACUCGCCAAGGCGAAAGAGAGGCUCACCAUACUUUUCUCUCUGUUAUAACAGAUGUUGCCCUCGGACAUAAGAUGAUGGGUGGCCCUUUUGUUGUGUAUAGUCUUCCUUUACUCUAUAUCAUCUUAUUUUUUAAUUCAGACGGUUUUGUUGAGAGUGGGCUACUGUGUUGGCGUUCAUUUGUGGCUUACAGCCCCCUACAUUCUCCUGUCUUUGACAAAUUGUAUUUUAAGUGAUGUCAUAGACAAGAUUGUGUAAAUUUAGUUAUUUCUCCAUGCUCUUCAGACUGAGAUAUUGUGUAAAUGGCCUCCUGCUCUGCUUUGUGUAAACUGGGGUGUUGGGAGGUGUUUGUGGUCAUCUUACCUGAGGAAGUAUAGCUUGCUUUUCAUGUGUCUGUCUGUAAACGUAUCUGAAGACAUGGAUUAAGAAUGGUUUGGAUUAAGGAUUGUGGAGCACAUCUCAGUCAUUCUAGGAUUACCAGAAGGAGGAUGGAGGAGGAUCAGAUCAAUAAUGGAGACAAUGGUAUGACUUCAAGUGUGCUAUUGUUGCAGAUCAAAUUGGCAGUAUUGGUCUUAUGCUGAAAGACAAGGAUUAAAAUGACAUAAUAUUUUAUAUAUAUAGAAUCUACACUACAGCACUUAUAAGCACGCAUUUAUCUUUAGCUACAAUUUGCCUUGCUCCUUAAAUCUUGACAAUUAUGGCAAAAUUACAUUGCUUAUUUCAUAAUAAUUUACUUUGCUCCUUUCCCCUCCUUUUUAACACAGGAAGAAUUGGCUAAUGUGUUAUAGUGCUUAGUUGCAACUGUUAUCUGUGACCUGCUGUUGGUGUAUGUGUGGGUAUAGGAUGUCUAAUUCUGAUGAGAUAGAGUAUAAUAUCAGUACUGCUAAAUCUGAAUGUCCUCUCUGUAACUGAUAGAAAAUUACUAGUUCAUUUUUAAAAGAUGACACCAGAUUAUAUAAGUCCAGCAUAUUGAUGCAGAUAAUCUAGUUGGGAAUACAUUUAAGUCUCACCUUCCCCUUUAAACUAGUAUUCAGAAUUAACUCAUGUUUGGAAUGCUUUACCUUACAAAUUAAAUAACAGAUGGAGCAUCAAAUUUAGUUUAGAUUUGGUGUGUAGCAAUAUCAGUGAAUUUUUCAACUACAUAACUCUUUCUGCAACCACAAAACCUGUAAUGAGCUGUGAAGUAAUGAAUAUUAGCAUUAUCGGUUGAACUGUAAAUAUAAAAUGCUUCUUCCAAUUAGUCUCUAAGGUGAUUACGUUUUUAAAAUUUAUCUGAACACCAUUAAGAACUUCUUUUGGGGAAUCUGAUAGUUAUUGAUAUAUUUCUAUUAAACUGAUGACAGACAUAGCAUCCUUCCCUGGGAAACUUUUUUAUUGCAGUAUCUAAAUUUUUGCCUCCUCCUUUUUGGUUUUGCUGGUUAUAAAGGUUUGGAUUGCAGAGGACUCACUGGAUCAUAAUACUUGGAACUGGAUCAUUGGAUUCAGAUCAUAAUGUGGAUAGGAUAGGAAGGAUGAUUUACAAGGAUUCCUGGAGCAGGAUCAGAUUACCAGGAACAUAGCAGUGGAUUGCUGCCACGUACAAACCACAUUCAUGUAGAUUUUUAAAUUCCACUUAAUUGGCUGUUACAAAGAUUUCAUUUUCUUGUUUUUGAGGAUUGGAGCCCUUCAGAUGCGUACUGGAAUUCUGGUUUGCAUGUCUUAGUAAAAGAUAGCAAAGCAAAGACCUGGAGAUAUGUGCUGGAGCAGUCUCUGUAAGAGAGAAUUCAGCAUGAGUAAAUACUAAACAUUUAAAAUGGAAAAGGGAAGGUUGUUCAAAAUAGUAAAUCAAAGUAACUUAUGUAUGUAAAGAAAACUUUUAAAAUUGGAGUUGAAAAAUAAUUAGGUUUCCAAUUGACUAUGGUCAUUUUUCUUUGCAAAAAAAGUUUAAAAAAAGAAUUCAAAGAAAAACAUUAAAAUAUGAGAAUUGGGAUCUUUGGCUCUUGUCCAAAUUUUCCCUACCUAGUCGAAGCUCUUUUCAGUCUGUGCUGCACAGAACUUCCGUAUAAUAUUAACAGUGAGUACAGUCUGCAUUUGAAAACAGAUUUAAAAAGAUGUUGGACUGCCUUGCAUUAACCGCUAUAAAAAGAUUUCUUAGCUAAUUGACACUUGAUUGAUAAUCAAAAGACUUAAACCAGGAGGCAGGCAUCCUGACACAGCAGGUUAUACCAGUGCUUGGGACACGCAAAUCCCAUAUUGGAGGGUUUAGUCCCAACUAGUCUUCAGGUUGAAUUUCUGGCUAAUGCGCCAGGGAGGCAUCAGAUGAAUGCUAGGGGACUUGAAUCGCUGCCAUGCACAUGAGAGACCUUGAUGGAGUUCUGGACUCCUGGCCUCAGCCUGAGAUAGAUUCAGUUGUUGUGAUCUCGAUCUCUCUCUCUCUCCCUCUCUCCUUUCUCCUCUCCCUUUCACAUAGAUGAAAACAAAUAAGCUCCAAAUUGGUUUUUAUUAAAGUAAGCUUAUAGUGUACAUUACCAAAUGAUCUACCUUUCUGAAUUUCUAUAGAUUGUCCUUUUUGAUAUCUUCCGAAUUUAGUAUAACAUCAAAUUUAGUAUGAGUUUAGGGGAUGUUAAAUAAUUACUGUAUCUGUUAGCAAAUAUUUUUAAAGAUACCAAAUGAUGUGAGUAAAGUUUUAUUUUGGGUGAAUAGAAUUGGGAGUGACAUUUUCUUUUGGACAACUUUUUGUAAUCUUUUACUCUUGUGCAAACAUUUAUCAUUUUUGCAAAAAACAAUUUAAUUUUCAUUGUACACAGAAAAUACAUCUAGUAGUCAAACACUAUUCUUACUAAUUUUGGUGGUGGUUCUAAUGUAAGUGAUUUUUUUUCAAAAAGUGUUAAAGUUUGAGUCAAUAAAAA